AUGUCAACCUGGCGGAACUUUCCGCAAUUCAACAAGACGGAUCAACAGUUCCCCAUUUUCUACGUCUUGCGACCAGAUCUAACGCCAGUCCCUCUGUUUCCUCUCGAUGAGCUGCCAAGUUGGCUGCAAUUCGGCUACUGGAACUUCAAUGACCCUUGGUUGUACACCCAAAUGGCGCCUGCCAGUUCUAACAUGAUUCCUCGUCUGGGUGAAUACGAUGUCUUUUGUCAGAAUUGCCACUGCGAUCCAGAUUUUAUCUAUCGAAGUGUAUCUGAGCGGAGCGAGAACAAGCUCGAGUCCCUAGCUUCCAUGUUGUACGAGAACAAAAGCUACCCCGGCGCCUAUGGACCAAACUCUCUGGAAAAACAGACCUCUAUCCCGCUGGCCUCGGACUUUUUGAAUUCGAACAUGCCUCAUCUAAACCAGCCCCCGUUCCAUACCAAUCUACAGAGUCCAUUUGUCGGUAUGUGUCUUGUUGACUAUCGAUGCCCUCAGUGGACUUUCGACGCAUCACGAAUUGCAUCGGCUGUCUUACCGGCAAGUCUACGGGGAUCCCAGAACCCAACAGGGUCUGAGUCAUCCUCGAGGUCGACUCUGAAUCCUCAAGCAGAUGUGUUUGAUCCGCCAAUCAGGUCGGCGCCAAUAACGCCACCUACCCCAUUGACCGCCAGUGACUCUGGAAAUGUAGAUGUCUUCGUGAUGUCGAACCCCAGUGCUGAUGGUAUCAGGACCAACGUCGGCCCCGUCACUCCCAAUUCACCAAAGGACGGUGAUGAACCGGUGUCUAGCAAUGACUUGGCUAUUGGUGUGGAACAGCUGAAGAAAGUUCUCGGCAUUACGAAUGACCAUAAAGCUCCAUUUCCCGGGCGCAGGAAGGUCAGGAUGCCUCGACGUACUCGGGUUAGAUCAAAGAGACGGAGCCCUUUUCCGCAAAGGCCAACGAAGCCACUCAGGCUCAGAGCCCAUCGUGAGUUAGUGCAGAAGAGGGUUGUUGGAAAAAAGGUAGCCUUCGAGAGAAUUGAUGGACCACGUCAGGUGAACUCGGAGACCAAACGACAGCAGCGAAGGGAAAAGUUGGACAAGGGCAAGAAGCGUGUCGAACCGGGCAGUCGAUACUGGCACAUGAUGAAGACACCGAAUUGGCGGUCGGAUGCUCCACAGUAG